UCUGUGUACAGUGCCGAAUUAGGGGUUUUUUGUGUUCUGUUGGUUUUUGCAUGGUUUGUGACGCUGAUAGGACAUGAUCGUCAAGGUCUUAGCAGCAUUGUGCUGCUUAGUAGCAGUAACUUAUGCUGCGAUAGCACCAGGCCAAAACGCUUAUCUUCCUCCGAAGAACGGGUACAGAUACGACAAACCAUCAGUGCCAUUCCCGCCGCCUCUACCUCCAAGACCCCCAGCGCCUACGUCGCCACCUUAUAGGCCACCUGCUCCCACUCAACCACCUUAUAGGCCACCUGCUCCCACUCAACCACCAUACAGACCACCCGCGCCCACUCAACCACCCUACAGGCCACCAGCGCCCACUCAACCACCCUACAGGCCACCAGCACCAACUCAACCUCCCUACAGGCCACCAGCGCCCACUCAACCACCCUACAGGCCACCAGCACCAACUCAACCUCCCUACAGGCCACCCGCGCCCACUCAACCACCUUACAGGCCACCCGCGCCCACUCAACCUCCCUACAGGCCACCAGCGCCUACUCAACCACCCUACAGGCCUCCAGCGACUCAACCUCCCUACAGACCUCCCGCGCCUACUCAACCCCCCUACAGACCAACCUCUCCCCCUUAUCAACCCUCGAGACCCACCCCGCCUCCGUUCCAGCCCUCGAGACCCACUGCUCCCCCAUACCAACCACCAAAGUUCGUACCAACAUCGCCACCGCAAAGACCAACAGGACCACCGUAUCUGCCACCCAAGACUCCUGGACCUACGUCGCCUCCGUUUAGACCAUCGCCAACCCCUCCACGACCCACACAGCCUCCAUUCCGUCCAGGACCGUCUCCAACCUACAGGCCAAACGUGGAACCAACGUACAGACCAACGUCGCCUCCGUUUAGACCGGGACCAGCACCCACGCAGCCUCCGUUUAGACCAGGACCGGGGCCUACGCCGCCACCAUUCCGACCAUCGCCUGGACCGGGACCGGGACCUGCGCCCAAGCCCUACGAUGAAAAUGAGCAUCUUCGCCACCCUCACGUCCCAGGAACACCCUUCGAUUUUAACUACGCUGUUCGGGAUACUGAGUACGGUAAUGAUUAUUCCCAUAAUGCGGUCAACGAUGGGGAUCAAACUAAAGGAGAGUACCGAGUACAACUACCAGAUGGGAGGACCCAAGUGGUCAAGUAUACCGCUGAUUGGGCUACUGGAUUCCAUGCUCAGAUAAGCUACCAAGGCCAGCCGAGUUAUCAGCAAGGACGCCCUCUGAGACCCAGUGGGCCUUCUGGUCCAGGACCUAGCGGCCCUUCGAUACCUUCUUAUCCCAGUAGGCCAAGUACCCCGUCUUACCCCAGCCAACCGAGCAGACCGAGCACCCCAUCGUUCCCUAGCGUACCAAGCAGACCCAGCACUCCGUCGUUCCCCAGCCAGCCCAGCAGACCCAGCACCCCUUCGUUCCCUAGCAGACCCAGCACCCCGUCGUUCCCCAGCCAACCUAGCAGACCCAGCACUCCGUCGUUCCCAAGCCAACCCAGCAGACCCAGCACUCCGUCGUUCCCUAGCAGACCCAGCACCCCCUCGUUCCCCAGCCAACCCAGCAGACCCAGCACUCCGUCGUUCCCUAGCGGCCCCAGCAGACCCAGCACUCCGUCGUUCCCGAGCGGAGGAGGGUAUCCCAGUGGCAGACCAUCCGGGCCUUCGUUCCCAACACCGUCCAGGCCGCCCAGUUUUCCGUCCAUUCCUAGCAAGCCCAGCGGUUCCACGCCGGGUCAGCAGUAUGCACCCAAUGGAGGUUACCAGUACUAAAUGAGUUAGCAGAUGGUAAAAACACACUGCCGUUUGAGUGUUCGAUUGUAAAAAUUAUUCUUUGGUCUAUUUUAACUUUUUAAAUGCAAAUUUGGAGAGGAUUUACGAUUAAUGAUUUUUGUUAUUUGUUUGUACAGGCAGUACUCAUAAGUGUAGUGUAUAUUUUUAAGAGUACUAAUUUUAGAUACUAUUUAUUUUAGUAGCUACUUUGCUUCAAAUAUUUUACAGCUCUUUUUGUAAUUAUGUGUGUAAUUAGAAUACUGAAAGUGUUUUCAGAAUUUG